UGCGUCGUGCACCAGCACUAAGGACUCUGAGCGGGUUGUGUGUGUGGUUGCGCGCGCGCACGAGCAGACACAAGCAGACUUUAACGGAGAAGUGACCACGAGCAAAGUGUGCGUGGGAGCUUACGGAUCACCCUAAUCAGGCUCUGCAAAAGAUGUGACUUGUGGUUUACACGCUCUGCCCCCGAACCAGAUACUCGCAGCUGAAGUGCCACAUUUCCUGCUACACCUCCUGCCCGUGCUCCGUCUUCCCUGGAUUAUGAUUUGCUCAUGGGUCUCGGCUAACUCCGCACCUGGGGUCCUUUACCCCCGCCUCAUUAAUCAGUAGAAAAGGGCCGACUUUAAUAAUCUUUAAAGACUCUCGGAUCGCGUUCUGUUACCAGCCUCUUUGAUCAUGGAAUCUCAGUGGGGCCCGACUUUUCCCCUCCAUUCUCCCUCUGUCAUCUUCCUGCUUCUGGCUGCUUCUUACACCUGGCUCUUUCCCGUCACAUCCCCUCAGCGAGUCCCGAUAGACCCCCAGGCCGCUCCGGAAUACGCUCACUCCAUCCGACUGGACGGCGACAUCAUACUCGGCGGGCUUUUCCCGGUGCAUUCACGGGGAGAUCGCGGCACGCCCUGCGGGGAGCUGAAAAAGGAGAAGGGCAUCCACCGCCUGGAGGCCAUGAUGUUUGCCAUUGACCUGAUCAAUAAGGAUCCCGAACUGCUGCCCAACAUCACGCUGGGGGCCCGGAUCUUGGAUACCUGCUCCAGGGACACGUACGCUCUGGAGCAGUCCCUGACGUUUGUGCAGGCCCUAAUAGAAAGGGACGGCUCCGACGUCCGCUGCGCCAACGGAGACCCUCCGAUCUUCACCAAGCCCGACAAAAUUGUGGGCGUGAUCGGGGCCGCGUCCAGCUCCGUGUCCAUCAUGGUGGCCAACAUCCUGCGUCUGUUCAAGAUCCCCCAGAUCAGCUACGCCUCCACCGCGCCGGAGCUGAGUGACAACAGCCGCUACGACUUCUUCUCCCGUGUGGUGCCGCCAGACUCGUACCAGGCUCAGGCCAUGAUGGACAUCGUCACGGCGAUGGAGUGGAACUACGUGUCGACGCUGGCCUCGGAGGGCAACUACGGGGAGAGCGGAGUAGAGGCCUUCGUCCAGAUUUCCAGAGAAACUGGUGGUGUGUGUAUUGCCCAGUCUUUAAAGAUCCCGAGGGAGCCAAGAGUGGGGGAGUUUGAUAAGAUCAUCAGGCGACUAAUGGAGACUUCCAAUGCCAGGGCCAUCAUCAUGUUUGCCAAUGAAGAUGACAUACGGCGAGUUCUUGAUGCUGCUAAAAGAAGCAACCAGACUGGUCACUUCUUGUGGGUUGGGUCAGACAGCUGGGGGUCCAAGAGCUCUCCCGUGACUGGCCAAGAGAUGGUUGCCGAGGGAGCCAUCACUAUCCUACCCAAACGAGUGUCUGUGGAUGCAUUUGACCGGUAUUUCCGCAGCCGAUCUCUGUCCAACAAUAGAAGAAAUGUUUGGUUUGCUGAGUUCUGGGAGGAAAACUUCGACUGCAGGCUCGGGAUGCACGGCAAACGGACCGGUGCGCUGAAGAAGUGCACAGGCUUAGAAAAAGUGGGCAGGGACUCAAGCUACGAGCAAGAAGGAAAGGUUCAGUUUGUGAUGGACGCCGUCUACGCGAUGGCGCACGCUCUGCAUCGUAUGCACCGAGAGCUCUGCUACGGCUACCCGGGCCUCUGCCCACGCAUGGCUAACAUCGAUGGCAAAGAGCUGCUCAGCCACAUUCGUGCAGUCAAGUUCAAUGGAAGUGCCAGUACACCAGUAAUGUUCAAUGAGAAUGGAGAUGCUCCGGGAAGGUACGACAUCUUCCAGUACCAGUCUAUCAACAAUUCCAAGCCGGAGUACAGACUUAUCGGCUCAUGGACCAACAAAUUACAUUUAAAGAUGGACGCAAUGCACUGGAAGACAGGUGACCAAUCCAUGCCAGCUUCCGUGUGCAGUUUGCCGUGUCGUACAGGCCAAAGAAAGAAGGUGGUAAAAGGAGUGCCAUGCUGCUGGCACUGCGAAAGCUGUGAAGGAUACCACUAUCAGGCCUCAGAGUUCACAUGCGAGCUGUGUCCCUACGAGAUGCGACCAGAUACAAACCGAACAGGGUGUAUUCCGAUUCCUAUCAUCAAACUCGAGUGGCACUCCCCCUGGGCCGUCGUACCCGUCUUCAUCUCCAUGUUGGGGAUUAUUGCCACCUCCUUCGUCAUUGUCACUUUUGUGCGGUACAACGACACGCCCAUCGUCCGUGCGUCCGGCCGGGAGAUGAGUUACGUGCUCCUGACUGGAAUCUUCCUGUGCUACGCCAUCACCUUCCUAAUGAUCGCAACGCCGGAUGUGGGUGUAUGCUCACUGCGGAGGAUUUUUCUCGGCUUGGGCAUGUGUUUCAGCUACGCCGCAUUGCUCACAAAGACCAACAGGAUACACCGCAUCUUUGAACAAGGGAAAAAGUCUGUUACAGCACCCAGGUUCAUCUCCCCUGCCUCGCAGCUUGUCAUCACCUUCUCUCUGAUCUCGGUUCAGCUUCUUGGGGUGUUCCUCUGGUUCGCUGUGGACCCUCCCCACAUUGUAGUGGACUACGGAGAGCAACGGACCCAGGACCCCAUGUCGGCCCGUGGAGUCCUCAAAUGCGAUAUCUCUGACCUGUCUCUCAUCUGCUCCUUGGGUUACUCCAUUCUGCUCAUGGUGACAUGCACAGUUUACGCCAUAAAGACACGAGGCGUGCCCGAAACCUUCAACGAGGCCAAGCCCAUCGGAUUUACCAUGUAUACCACGUGUAUCAUCUGGCUGGCAUUCAUACCCAUAUUCUUUGGCACAUCACAAUCUGCAGAAAGGGUGAGUAUGCUCUACUACUACAUUAUGUGGAUAUGA